AUGACUCAAGAUGCUCUUCGGUUUAUUGUCGUGGGCGCUGGCCUUAUCGGGCCCCGGCAUGCACAGCACAUUUUGAAAAGAGACGAUUGUGUUCUUUUUGCCAUAGUCGACCGCCUGGAGAAAGGACCAGGAGUGGCAGCCAAACUCAACACUUUGCACUUUCGCAACUUGGAUGAAAUGUUUGACUUUUGCAGCACCUACAAAGUGCCUGGCCCAGAUGCAGCCAUUGUCGCCACCCCGAACCACACCCAUACCGAGCUUGGCGUGCGGUUGGCUGCGCGCGGCGUGCAUCUCUUGAUUGAAAAGCCCAUGGCGUCUUCUGUGGAGGAUUGCAGAAGCUUGCUCCGUUUUUGCAACCACCACCGCGUCCAACUUUUGAUUGGCCACCACCGCCGCUUCAAUCCCUAUAUUGCAGCCACAAAAGCUCACAUGCAGCGCAUUGGGCAGCCCGUCGCCGUGCAGGGAGUGUGGGCGUUGAAGAAGCACGACGCGUACUUUGCCGAAAAGGCCUGGCGCCGCUCUGUGCGCAACGGCGGAGGCACCAUCUUAAUCAAUCUCAUCCACGACUUGGACUUGUUGCAGUAUCUUCUUGGCCCAGUCCGCCGCGUGUAUGCGGAACUUUUGCCCCGUCAAAGGCCCGCCGAAGGUCCCGACGACCACGUGGACGAGGGCGCUGUGCUCACUCUUCGCUUUGCCAAUGGGUGCUGUGGGACUUUCGUCUGCUCCGACAAUGUCACAUCACCGUUCAGUUUUGAGAGCGGUACGGGCGAAAACCCGUUGAUUCCGCACAACAGUGAUGCGGCCGGGUUCUAUCGCAUUUUUGGCUCCGACGGCACGCUUCUGGUUCCUGACUUGACGUUGUUCCACCAAAAUGGGCUCCGCGAUAAAUCGUGGUGGGAACCCGUUCAUGCAGAAAAACUCCCAUUAGUGCUUGAGAAGCACGUGGAAUCUAAUGGUAUCAUCACGCCGCCCUCCUCCUACGAGAGCGAAAAUGUGCCCAUGGUAGAUUGCCAGGAGCCCAUUCCUGAACCUUUUGAUCUCCAGUUGGAGCAUUUUGUCAACUUGAUUACGGGUGUGGAAACCACGGUCAAAUGCUCAGGCGAGGAUGCCAUCCAGGCGAUGCUUUGCAUCGAAGCUGUGCUUAAAAGUAUUGAGACUGGAUUGCCUCAAACGGUUGAGGUUCCUGUCUGA